GCUGCUGGACGGCUCCUGGCGUACUUGCUCGAAACUGGGAAAGUCGCCCAGCCUCCGCCUGUAGGUUGAACUACACCUGGGACAGAGGGCUGUGUUCAUUCAACGACGGCACUGCGGUAAAAAGAAAUGCGAGGAAACCCUCGGCAUAGUGGACGGAGUGUCCGAUGUUGGGGCUCUUUUUAAUUCGUCUUUCAGUGACUUCACAGGGGUCUCUUUGUUUUAGCUAGUAGCGACACGUUAGCUGCUUCCGGAAAACAACCUCCACACAGAAAAUCAAAAUGAAGACAUGGAGAUAACAUUUUUCCAUCUGGAUCAUCAUUCCGCUUUUGCAGUUUAAUGGAUUUAAGCUUUAAGUUUUUAAGGAGAUAAGAGGACGCAGAUCUUUUCCUGAGAUACAGUUUGGACUGAGCUUCCUCAGCCAAUGGCUACAACAGAAACCAAAGUUGCCAGCAGUAGCAGCAGCACUGCAGGUCUGUCAUGGGCAAGGGUAUGUAAGGAGUGCGGGCAGCAGCACGACGGUCAGGAGAGCCACCUGUAUGAGUACCAGGACGAUGUGGACGAUGAACUGGUUUGCCACAUCUGCCUGCAGCCCCUUCUCAGACCUAUGGACACCCCAUGUGGCCACACGUACUGCUUUCACUGUCUGAGCAACUUCCUGAAAGAGCAGGACUUCUGCCCAGUGGACCGCCAGCGGCUGCAGCUACAUCAGUGCCGUCCCUCCAGCCUGCUGGUCAAGAACCUGCUGGACAAGCUGACUGUGAUGUGCCCUCACUAUGCAGAGUGUCAGCAGCAGAUGCAGCGCUGUGAGCUUCAGCCUCACCUGCACAACAGAUGUCCUGUUUUUAGAAGACUAAGGGAGGAGGCAGAGAAGAGGAAGAGGCCCUCCUGGAAUGAGCUAAAGGGGCGUAAGGGUGAGGGGGAGUCAUCUGGAGAGGCCAAACAUUCAGCAACACAGUCCCGGAAUCCCUCCAGAGAUCAGCCUGAGCCUGGUCUGAUUAAUCCUGCCUAUGAGGAAGGUGAAGAAGACAACACUCCUCUAAGGUCCAGUCUGGUUGCCGAGGCCAACAUGGUGGAGCUGUUCAGAGAGGAGCCGGAGGAGGAGCUGGGCCUCCGAAUUGUUGGUGGAAAAGACACCCCGCUGGGUAACAUCGUCAUCCAGGAGAUAGUCAGGGACUCACUAGCAGCCCGUGAUGGCAGACUGGCCCCAGGGGACCAUAUCUUAGAGGUGAAUGAUGUCAGUCUGGCGUCUGUCCCUCAUUCCCGCGCCAUUGCAGUGCUACGGCAACCCUCCCUCCUCCGCCUCACUGUCAUGCAGGAGAAAGGUUUCAAAUCAAGAGAUCCACGGCCCGAUCAUCACCACUCCUCUUCCACUGCCUCCCAGCCCACUCACAGCCCCCAUGGCAACACUACCUCCAAUCAUAAUCCUGGCACAGUCCUGCAGGUUACCCUAAUGAAGAGUCAGCGCACUGAGCCGCUCGGCAUCAAGCUCAUUCGCAAAUCAGAUGAGAGUGGGGUUUUUAUCCUGGACCUGCUGUCAGGUGGUUUGGCAGCCAAAGAUGGAAAACUGAGGAACAAUGACAAAGUUUUAGCCAUCAACGGACACGACCUGAGACACGGUACACCUGAGAGUGCAGCCCAAAUCAUACAGGCGAGUGAGGUCCGUGUGAACUUUGUGGUUAUGAGACCUGCUGAGUCCCAGGAUGAAGGAGGAAGCAGCAGGGAAGGACACGGCAGAGCAGUGAGGAGGCCUGAGCCGCAGUACUUCAGGCGCCAGUCUACCUAUAUGAAGGAUCCUCCAGGUGGGUUUUCCAGCCAGGAGAAGACUGUGAGCUUGAAGAAGGAGCCUCGACUUUCACUGGGUAUCACCAUCGCUGGGGGAAGGGACUGUCGUAGCCGCUUACCUGUUUACAUCACGAGUGUGCAGCCGGUCGGCUGCCUGCACCGAGACGGCACAAUCAAAAAAGGUGACAUCCUCUUGAGCAUAAACGGCGUCGAUCUGACCCAGCUGACCUACAAUGAGGCUGUCUCUGUGCUGAAGGCUCAGACAGCUCAGUCCCAGGUGGUUCUCCGUGUCAUCCAGACUCUCUCCGAGGACUCUGAGGAGGACAUGGAGUCUGCCAACAAGGAUGAGCUCGACUCUCUAGACGACCCCAGAGACGAUGCCCUCAACUGGACACCACUGUGGACUCGGUGGCUAGGAUUGCCAAGUCACAUGCACUGGUGCCGGGACAUCGUCCUACAGAAGACUAACAACGAGAGCUGGGGCUUCAGCAUCGUCGGUGGCUAUGAGGAGAGCCACGGCCAGCAGCCUUUCUUCAUCAAAACCAUCGUGCCUGGUACACCUGCCCACUUUGACGGACGCCUCAAGUGUGGUGAUGAGAUUGUUGCAGUGAACGGGGCCACAACAGUAGGAAUGAACAACUCGUCCCUGAUCCCCAUGCUCAAGCUGCAGAAGAAUAAAGUCACUCUCACUGUGGUGUCCUGGCCUGGCAGUCUGGUGUAGCACAGGAGUCUAUUCACCCUGCUCUCUUUCUAUCACACGAACAGUCACAGAUCCCGGUCCUGACUCACUGUUCCCUGCAUGUGUAGCUUUUAUUGUUCACUUGUUUGUUCAGUAAUGUAACACGGUGUGUACCUAAGAGCCACAAUGGAUGUGGCUCUCCUAUGCUUAGUUUAAGCAGGAACCCAUUUGUUCCAGUGUCAUCUCAGUAACAGAUGAUUGCACAACACGGUGAACGAUUAAAUCAGGGGCAAAAAUGACAAUCAGUGAAUUCUAUCCUAAGGAUAAACUGGAAGGAUAUUUUUAUAUGGAACACCUUGAUGAUCCUUAAGUUUGUUUUGCUUUAUUGUUUAAUAAUCCUGUUAUCGUUGGGUAGCUGUGGCUUGAUUUCAAGUGAUUCACAUUAAAAAGGCAUCCAAAGAUGAAAUGUAGUGUUUAGCUGUGAUGGAUUAUAGAUUAUAAGAGAACUGCUUUAUAGACCGACACAUAAGACACAAAAAUCAUCCUGACCUGCUUCUUAUGUUGAUCGAAUCUAGUCUGAUUUAAUCAUUUUUGUCUACUUCAAAACCUGCGACAGAAUGAUAACACUGUGAUGGAAAUUGAGAUUUACUUAAGAUGCAAGGAAUAAGAUCAGCAGCUACAGUGGCAAGACGUCUGUUCUUGUUACAAAGAGGUUAAAGCCAAAGAAAAGAGGAACAGUUCACUUUAUCACUGAAAUGCACUUGUUGAGUUUGGCUAAAUGGAGUGAGGUCUGGUUGUCUCCUAUAAAAUACAUGGUUAAAUCCUGCAUCCUAGAGUGCCAUGAUACCAGAAUUAAAGCAAUAAGCAGGGCAGAAAAUGGAUGCCUUGCCAAACAAUUUUGAUGCCUGUUUUGAUUUUACAGCAGCACAAUGAUCCCCUAGACACCCAAAAAUGGCUUAAUUUAGUUAUUUUUUAAGAAAGGUUCACUGAACAGUAAACACGUACCAAAAAUCUGACACUGUUUAUUUUAACAGAAUAAACCAGAUUUUACUUUUAAAAUUGUGUAGGGCCUUCCUAAAAGCACACAUCCUCUGAAUUAUCAUUAAUAAGCUUGAAGAAGUGUCUGCAGAGGUUCUGCUCUCUGUAAUCUCUAUUUUUUUUUUUUAUAUUAAGGUCAUUUUACGAGUGUCAGUAUUUGUGCAGAGCUCUUACUCUGUCAUCACUCUGCAGGCCUGGAUGUAAAAGGAAACUUACAGGGACAAGGAGACAUCACUGAACCUCUCCUCUGCUCUCUCUGUCUGUUACAGACACUAAAGCUAAUCUGUGCAUCUUUAAGAGAUGCUAGAGAUAAUAAGACGUGUAUGCAGACUAGUGAAUUAAACAGGGAGGAUAGAGGUUGAAGGAAAAGGCACAUUUUCAGCAUCAGUCAAACUAAAUUGUUAAUUUCUGUGCAGUGUUGUUGGCGUGCCGACUAAAUCAGGAAAUAUCAUCUCUCCCUGUAUCACUGCUCUGCUUUAGGAACAGGACACCUGAACACACUCACAUUUGAUUGCCCAUCACUGUGAGCUCUCUCUUGUGGCAUCUUGUCGUACAAAUAUAAGAGAAUAGUGUUUUUUUCCUUACAAAUUUGGUACUUUAAUACUAUUAAACAUAAAAAUAAUCGAUGUUGUAUUGUUGAAAGCACAUGGCAUCAAAAUAGCAUCAAGAGUAUUGAAAAUGUUGACAACCUUGCAGCACUCUCCCAUCACAGCAAACCUGCAUAGACAACAAUAACAUAAAAAUAAGUAACAACUGCAACAGGGAGCACGGUCAGACUUUCAAACAUGUUUGAAAACUGUGAGCUGAAAAAGAAUCAAAUAAUUGUGUUGGAUGUUUGGUCUACUAGUCUUCUCAGCUGCUCUUGAUUUAUUAACCACCACGUCCAUUAAACCUGCUCUAUAUUUAUUUCUACUGAUGUAGUCGCUUAUACUUUAAGAUGUUGUAAAGGAGGAGCCUGUAUAUAGAAGGACAAACCAGAACGGAGACUUGCCUUAAAUAUCCACUGUAACACCACAAGUUUCACUCUCUGCUUCCCUUCAUCACUGUUUAUAGACAUUUGUAAAGAUGGUCUUGUUCUCAUUUAAUUCUCUUCUCACACAUUCCCAGUGGCCUUUCUUGUAUCAUAAUUAAUGCCAGAGUUAUUGGAUUAUAUAAACACAGUAGAUAGCACCUGUAUUAGACUGUCCACUGAUUCAUUAUGUUCAAUAAAAUUAUACA